AUGGAACAAAAAGCAUUGACAUCCUACUAUACUCUGACAAAAUCUACGAUUGAUUUUUUAUCAAAAUAUUUAAAUUUUUUACAAAAAACAUUUCUUAAAUAUUCUCUAUCACUCAAACAUUUGACAUCCGAUACAUCACACUUACUUGUCACUACUAUACCGCAUGAUAAAAAUGGCUAUGGCAUGCAUUUGGCAAUUGCUCUGCAAACAUUAAAAGAAACAAUACUUCAUGAACAAUUACAAAUUGAUCAGCGAUCAAAAUUAUUUCGACAGUUACAAUUAACAAUUGUUCAUGAUUUAAAAUCGAGUAUUCAUUCGUCGAUGAUGAAUAAACAACGAAAAAAAUUUUCAAAAUAUGCGAAAAAAUUACAAAAUUCAAGAGUAAAAUAUAACAAAUCAUGUCAACAAUUAUUUUUUUGUAUUAAACAACAUAUAGAUGCAUGUGCAUCGCAAACAACGAAUGUUUUAUAUAAAAUGAAUUCGUAUUUAACAUAUAACAAUAUUGAUGAUGUUAAACAAUCAAUAGCAAAUCUAGAAGGUGAGAUUGGAGAUGUUGUGAAAGUUGAUGCGCAAUCACAAAAUCGGAGUGUCAAUGUUAAUGUCUCGACUGCUAAUGAUGGUUACAACUUAACAAUUCAUGAAGUUACUACAUCUGACGAUGUGUUAAUUCAUCAUGAAGAUUUAAUAGUAUUAGCAGAUGAAGAGAAGAUUCGAGAUGAAAUCAAUAAAAAUGAAGUAGGCGAUAAUCAACAAUCAAAACAGGAUACACCAACUAAAAUGGCUCCUACCUUAACCGAUUCGGGUUCUGGAGAUCAACUCGAUUCAUUGCCUGAUCGGGCUAUAAAUACAAAACAUGUUGCUCGUAGUGUAACAACAGAAUGUAUGAGUGAUGAUUUUUAUGAAGGUAAUGGUAUAAGUGAUUUAAUUCACACAGAAGUAAAACAAAUGGUGAUGCUCGAGAAAGAGAAAAAACAUCAAGAUGUUCUUAACACUAAUCUACGAUUAAACGAUUCACCGUCACACACAAUUACCAAUAAUACAGGGAAAAAACAACAAGAAUUAGCUAAAAAUACAAAUGGUAAUAGAUCUGGUUCUUCCCAUUCAUCACUUGAGACUUUGUUAAAAAAAGAUUUGCUAUUACUAAAUGAUGAAGAAGCCUUGGAUUAUGACUGGAACCCAUUAAUAUUAAAAAAUUGGCAUCGACGUCUUUUAGAAUAUGAAGAUACAGGUGACGAAGAUUCGUUGUAUAAUUCAAUAAGAUUACAGAGACUAAGAAAUAUUCAACAAAAUGAAAGUGAGAGUGAUGAAAAAAAAUUACGUAAGAAAUUAAUUAAACAAAAACGAGGAAAACGAGCCAUAAGAAUAUCGGAUUUAUCCAAUUUGACAUCAUAUUAUUCUCAAGCAGAUGGUGAUCAUGAGGCUAAUGUAUGUGAAGGACAAAGUGAAGAUAAAAGUGAAACUAUUGCUGAUAAUAACAAUGGAAAAAAAUAUUAA